AUGGUAAGUUGCAACGACAUUGACAACGCCAAGGGCGACGUCGACGCCAAGGGCGACGUCGACGCCAAGGGCGACGGCGACGCCAAGGGCGACGGCGACGCCAAGGGCGACGGCGACGCCAAGGGCGAUUGCGACGCGUCGGUGAGUGCAGAUUCCUCUGCUCCUAGGCCAGGAGAGGGACGAGAUCUGGAACAACGCUACCGGGAUGAAAAUAGUGCUGAGCUGGUAAGUCGUGCUUUUUACACAUCACAUAUAUUGUGA